AUGGCUGGACUAAAAAAUAAUAAACGGCGCAACGACAACAAGUCACAUCGCCCGACCAAGAAGCAGCGAAAAGCACAAGCAUACCACAGCGACUCGGAAAACGAAGAGGAGCAGCAGACGUUUGACGCGGUCAACCUGCUGGAUUCCGACGAUGAUAUUCACAAUGCGCCCGUGGACGAUGUCGCCGACGCUGGAGAGAACGAUUCCUCAAGCUCCGACGAGGAGGCGCCCGUUGUAAAAAAGACCAAUGUCAAGACGUCAAAAUCAAAGUCGAAAAAACCAGAGCCGGAAGCUGAGCAGCAGGAGGAGGAGGAUGAUGAAGCAGAGGAGCAGAGCGAGGAGGAUGACGAUGACGAUGACGACGACGACAUGGACCUCGAUGUAGGCGCAGCAAAGACAAAGUCAAAACGUAAUGACCCCACUGCUUUCGCAACCUCGCUUUCAAAGAUUCUAUCAACCAAGCUUUCCGCGUCAAAACGAUCCGACCCCGUCCUGUCUCGAAGCGCAGCCGCCCACGAGGCCUCCAAGGCCGCCGUAGAUAUUGCGCUCGAGCAAAAGGCCAGGAGGAAGCUCAAGGAGCAGAAGAGAGUCGCGCUGGAGAAGGGCCGCAUCAAGGACAUUCUGGUGGCGACAGUGGACGAGUCGGGUGAGCCGGAGAUGACAACUUCGGAAAUGUUGGCGAUCGAAAAGACGCUGCGCAAGACGGCGCAGAGAGGUGUGAUUCGCAUGUUCAAUGCCGUACGAGCCUCUCAGGUACAGGCUGCUGAGGCGGAGAGGGCAGUGAGAAAGGAGGGCGUCAUCGGCCAUAAGACGAGGGAGGAAAAGGUCAAUGAGAUGAGUAAGAAGGGCUUUUUGGACUUGAUUGCAUCGGGAGGAGGCGGCUUAAAAAAGACUCCGUUGGAAGAGGCGUAA